AUGUCCCUUGCAUAUAACUGGGGUAAUAUCCGCUCCUAUGCUGGGGCUGAGAUGACAGCAGCUGAAAACAAAUAUCAUGUGAGUCUGGAACGUAUCACACUAAGAGGCAAACAAGCGACCGACGCCCCGUACAAAGUACUUAUGGUACGCUCUUUGUCCAAUGUGAUCGAUAUGCUGCUACAUGUGCCCACUGUGGCUCCAUAG